GUUCUCUCUCCGGGGCUGGACUGAAUAACUUUGAAACUGUCCACCGGUGUCACGUCCUGAACAUGAGCCUCCUCCUCUCCUUCUACCUGCUCGGGUUGCUUGUCAGUCGCGGGCAAGAUCGGUUCGCUAUGUUAGCAAACAAUAACCUUCAGAUUCUCAACAUCAAUAAAAGUGAUGAAGGUAUAUACAGGUGUGAAGGAAGAGUGGAGGCCAGGGGAGAAAUUGACUUCCGUGAUAUCAUUGUUAUUGUUAAUGUGCCGCCAGCAAUCACAAUGCCUCAGAAAUCCUUUAAUGCUACAGCAGAGAGAGGAGAAGAGAUGACAUUUUCCUGCAGGGCCUCAGGGUCUCCUGAACCCACCAUCUCCUGGUACAGGAAUGGCAAGCUCAUUGAAGAAAAUGAAAAAUACACCCUGAAAGGAAGCAACACAGAACUCACUGUCAGAAACAUCAUCAAUAGUGACGGGGGUUCUUAUGUCUGCAGGGCCACAAAUAAGGCAGGAGAAGAUGAAAAGCAGACAUUCCUCCAAGUCUUUGUACAGCCUCACAUAAUACAGCUUAAAAAUGAGACUACGUAUGAGAAUGGUCAAGUGACACUCGUAUGUGAUGCGGAAGGGGAACCUAUUCCAGAAAUCACUUGGAAAAGAGCUGUGGAUGGCAUCACGUUUUCUGAAGGUGAUAAGAGCCCAGACGGCCGUAUUGAAGUUAAAGGGCAGCAUGGAAGCUCAUCACUGCAUAUUAAAGAUGUGAAGUUGUCAGAUUCAGGGAGAUAUGACUGUGAAGCUGCAAGUAGAAUUGGAGGGCACCAAAAGAGCAUGUACCUUGAUAUUGAAUAUGCCCCUAAGUUUAUAUCAAACCAAACAAUUUAUUACUCUUGGGAAGGAAAUCCUAUAAAUAUAAGUUGUGAUGUGAAAUCAAAUCCACCAGCUUCAAUCCAUUGGAGAAGAGAGAAAUUAGUCUUACCUGCUAAAAACACCACCAAUUUAAAGACAUAUAGUACAGGAAGAAAGAUGAUAUUAGAGAUUGCACCUACAUCUGACAAUGACUUUGGACGAUAUAAUUGCACAGCCACCAACCGUAUAGGAACAAGAUUUCAAGAAUAUAUUCUUGCUUUGGCUGAUGUGCCAUCCAGUCCCUAUGGAGUGAAGAUUAUAGAGCUGUCACAGACCACAGCCAAGGUUUCUUUCAACAAACCGGACUCCCAUGGAGGUGUGCCUAUUCAUCACUAUCAAGUGGAUGUCAAAGAAGUGGCAUCAGAAAUCUGGAAAAUAGUACGCUCCCAUGGAGUUCAAACAAUGGUUGUUUUGAGCAACCUGGAACCAAAUACAACUUAUGAAAUCAGAGUUGCAGCUGUUAAUGGAAAGGGGCAAGGAGACUACAGUAAAAUAGAAAUCUUCCAGACGUUGCCAGUUCGUGAACCAAGUCCUCCAUCCAUACAUGGACAGCCAAGCAGUGGGAAGAGCUUUAAACUCAGCAUCACCAAGCAGGAUGAUGGAGGGGCUCCCAUUUUGGAAUACAUUGUGAAAUAUAGAAGUAAAGAUAAGGAAGACCAAUGGCUAGAGAAAAAAGUGCAGGGAAAUAAAGACCACAUCAUUUUGGAGCAUCUACAGUGGACAAUGGGGUAUGAAGUUCAGAUUACUGCGGCCAAUAGACUGGGAUAUUCUGAACCAACAGUUUACGAGUUCAGCAUGCCACCAAAACCCAACAUUAUUAAAGACACACUUUUUAAUGGUCUUGGGCUUGGAGCAGUAAUUGGCCUGGGAGUUGCUGCCCUUCUGCUAAUCCUUGUGGUAACAGAUGUCAGUUGCUUCUUUAUUCGGCAAUGUGGGUUAUUGAUGUGCAUCACCAGGAGAAUGUGCGGAAAGAAAAGUGGCUCCAGUGGCAAAAGCAAAGAACUUGAAGAAGGAAAGGCUGCAUAUCUGAAGGAUGGGUCAAAAGAACCAAUAGUGGAGAUGAGAACAGAGGAUGAAAGAAUUACUAAUCAUGAAGAUGGGAGCCCAGUAAAUGAGCCAAAUGAAACCACACCACUAACAGAGCCUGAAAAAUUGCCUUUAAAAGAAGAGAAUGGGAAAGAAGUUCUAAGUCCAGAAACUAUAGAAAUUAAAGUUUCUAAUGACAUCAUUCAGUCAAAAGAAGAUGACAGCAAAGCGUAACAACAGUAUCACAACGUCUUGAACAACACUACAAAGAGCAUAUGGAUUGCAGUGACCCUAUGACCAAAACUAUUCCACUGACCUUAAUUUCUUGGGAAACUUAUAGCUUGGAAUAGCUUGUACACAUAUACAUAUGAUCAGAUACUCCUGCCCAUGGUCCAUUUCCUUUGUUGUUGUUGUUGUUGUUGUUAUUGUUGUUAUUGUUAAUUUUGUUAAGAAUUUCAGUCUAGAAACCUGACUGGCACCAACUCUUGGGUGUUCAAUUUGAUUCCAUGAUUGAAGUACUGCAAUUUAUUAUCUAGUUAAAGUGCUCUAUUUCUUAAGAACUACAUUUCAUACCACCAACAAAUAUAUUUUAACCUCUAACAAAUAGGGGUUUAGGAAAAAAGCUUUGUGAGCUACAUGUAUAAGAAAGCCCUGCAUGUUUAUGAAUCCUGUCUUGGGCAAAUAGAUUCUUAAAGUGGCUUUCUGCUUAAGAUGAAGGCACUUAACAAAGGUUACACAUUUUAUCAGGGGAAUUUCAGGGAACCUGGGCUUGAAGGAGCCAGUUAUCUUUAGCAUUUAUUAAAAAUUGAGAAGAAUUUUGGAAAACAUUUUUCAAGUUAUGAUUCAGUGCGUUUUCAACAUUGAUUUUUUUGAUAGAUUAAAGUGUCAGAUCAAAACUGUUACCUAUUUGGAAGAAUAUUAGUUGUAUGUAAAAUUAGAUUAGAACGACUCCCUAAAUCUCUAUCUCUUUAUAUAUGUCAUAUUCAUUCACAAUGGAUUAAACAAAAAAUAAAUGUAUUGCAAGUGAAAAAAAAUAUUGAUUUCUGCCCUCAGCUUCAAAUAAAAUAAAUUGAAAUGGGAACAAUAUCAACAUGGUGUCUUGAUAUAUUUAUGAAUAUGUGACUAUCUUUUAUUUUUUAAAUAAUUUAUCAAUAAAGUCAUUAGUGUCCAGAUACUUCAAAUCAUAUCCUCAGAUACAUUUUUUAGUCCAUAAUUUUAGAUAAUUUUUAAAAACUAAUCUUUUCUGUGUUAUAAAUCCAUCAUUCGUUGUAAUAGGCUAAGGAAAAUAAAAAACUUAAGGUUGGCAAAUUUAAGAAUAAAUUAUUUAACAUUUCAUGUACCAUGAAUAUGUCAGUGAUAAACAACUGAAUAGUUACUAUGUGUUUUUAUUCUAUAUGUUGUAGCUAGAAGUCAUUUUAAGAUUUUGAUAAACAACUUUGGUUGAAGAAAUUCCUUCACUAUCCAACACAAACUUUAUAUUAUCACUUGUCAGGACUUAUAUCAGAAUAAAAUUCUUCCAAGUAUUAACUUCCAAGCUAUGCAAGCUCCCAGAGGUAAGAGAUUGAAGCAUAAUUUAAGUUAUAGGUAAAGUUUUAAAAAAUAUAUUUAUGAUUAUAAAUACACAUACCAAUUGGGAGCAGGUUUCUUAACCUAGAGAGCCGAAGAUUUCUUUAGGACCCAAAACAUUCAGAACCUUUGGUGUUUCAGGUGGUGUUAUAGCUCAGAUAUUGACUAGAUGGGUAAUGUAGCCGAAUAGAAUGUCAGAGAAAUUUUUAACAGCGCAGAGAGACCUGCUUUGUGAGUGUUUCUCUACAGAAAUUAUUUGAUGAUUACUAAAUGUGAUAUUAACGCCACUCCUGAAUACUUUUUUUUACAAAGUGCUUGAAACUGUCAGCCAAGGAGAGACAAUUAAGUAAUUUUAUACUAGUCCUCACUUUUCUGGCUGUCAGCAGGACAGAAUAUGACUAUCUGCAUGUUAAGGCACCAAGUUGCCACAGGGUCUUUGCCAUAAAUUGCAAGGUAAUAAUGCAGGAAUCUCUCCUUGCUAUCCUGUCUGGCAUAUUCUGAAGAAAAGAACAGAAUUCCUGUGCCUACGUAGGGAUCUGAGUAGUGUCUAAACAAAUAAACCAGUUAGGUCAUUUUAACUAACUUGAUUAUCCAACUGGUCUUUGAAAAAUUUGACCGUUGCUAUUUAGUUUAUGUUUGUCUGAUUAUCUGGUUUGCUUUAUUUUGCUGUGUUUUAUUUUGUUUGUUUUGUUUUGUACCAAUGUACUAAAACUUGUCAAAAUACUUGAAUUAGUUUGUGCAAAGUAAACAAGCUUAGUAAAGUGUCCAUGAAGCAAUAGCCAUGAAUGUAAAUUUUUCCUGGAUCCACCACAUGGUUUCAAACUAAUGAUGGUGAAACAUUAGGAUGACUGAGAAAGUCAUUUCGCAUGUUUACUAUUGUUAUAUUUGCGCUUUACUUCAAGAGCAGAGAAAUCAUAAUAAAGAAAAAAAUAUUUUUGUGUUUUCUCUAUUUGAA